GAGGAGUGGCACACCAGUGUGGGACAGAAGGAGCUACAGGCCCCCUCCCACAUUAAAGAGGAGCAGCUUCAUGAUGAAGAUGAAGCUCAGUCCUUCCAGCUUCAUCACAGUCAAAGUGAGGAGAACAGAGGGGCGCAGCUUGUAAGUCAACACAUCACAGAAGCUGAUGGAGAGCAUUGUGAAGAUAUCAAGUCAGAACCAGACAGCAUCUUUGCUCCACUGUCAGACAUGGACCACAUGAUGUCACACUCUUCUGAUCACAGUGACCACAUCCAAAAACCUUUGGAGAGUAAAAAUGACUCUAAAGGUGAUACGAGACAUCACACUAACAACAAACACUUUGACUGCUCUGAAUGUGGGAAAUCAUUUAGAUGGAAGAGUGAUUGUACAAGACACAUAAGAACACAUACUGGAGAGAAACCUUUUACUUGCUCUGUUUGUAAGAAGAUUUUCUCCAGAAAGCCACACAUGACCAGACACAUGAGAACACACACUGGGGAGAAACCUUUUACUUGCUCUGUUUGUAAGAAGAGUUUCUGUAGAAAGGGUGACAUGACCACACACAUAAGAACACACACUGGAGAGAAACCUUUUACUUGCUCUGUUUGUAAGAAGAGUUUCUACACAAAGCGUCACAUGACCAGACACAUGAGAACACACACUGGAGAGAAACCUUUUACUUGCUCUGUUUGUGCUAAAAGAUUCAACACUAAGAAUGAAAUGAUAUUACACAUGAGAAUACAUACUGGAGAGAAUUAUUUUACUUGCUCUGUUUGUAAGAAGAGUUUCUCCACAAAGUGUUACAUGACCAGACACAUGAGAACACAUACUGGAGAGAAACCUUUUACUUGCCCCGUUUGUAAGAAGAGUUUCUCCAAAAAGUGUAACAUGACCACACACAUGAGAACACACACUGGAGAGAAACAUUUUGCUUGAAAAAUAAAUAAGAAAAAGUUAACAUUCACAGAGCAGGAAUCUGAUAUUAAUGGGAUGUUAGCAAAUAGCUUUUGAACGUUAGCAAGUAAAAACAAAACAUGAGACAGUACUAGCUAUUCAAAAAAUAAAAAUCCAAAAUCUUGAAUGGAAGUCAAUCCAUUUAUCCUGAGUUGAGUGAUGAAACGGAGGAGAGAAGUGUGGAGGGUCGUCACACUCAGAGAUCAAAUGUGGAGGUAAAGUUGAUCCAGUCUAAACCCUAAAGUCAUCUCUCUCCACUCCCCAUGACUGCAUUUCAUAUGUUGAUUGUGUACUUCAGCACUUCACUCUUCUUCCCUGUAACUUAGUCAAUUCUGAGUCCAAUUCUCAAGUUGAAAAUGUUGUAGGUCAUAUUGUCUUAAAUGGGUGAAAAUGAAGGCAAAAACAAAAAUAAAGAUCCGAUGAUGAAGUUUGUCAACAAGUGUUCACCUCUCAUGCAAACAACUUGAUUUCCAGCUGCUGUAUCUUUGUGUUCAGCUUGUGCCCAUCCAGGUUCAUUAGGAUCUUCUGGAAAAACUCAAAUGUGUACUUGAGGUUGUCUGCAAAGCUUAGAUCAAGGGCAUAAAUGAGGCCAAAUAUCAUUAUGACCCUCAUGAUGACAAUGUCCACGUUGCUCAGGACUUUAAAGCCUACGAUAACAACUCCCACAUCCUCUGGCUGCCUAUCGCCAU